AAAUCAAAACACCUGAUAUCAAAUUCCUAUACCUACAAAGAAGUAUCUUCAAAACAAUGUAUUACCUCUACAAGUAUAAGAUCACAGAUACACAGGAUUUUGGACCUCUGCUUGAAAAUUAUGAUACAAUAAAGGAUUUUGCAAGAUACAUUUUCUAUUCCUACAAGUUCUAUCAACAAGGCAGCAGUAAGAUAAUCUAUCUGAGUAGUAAGAAUGUUCUGGAAUUGUGGCAUUAUUUCCCAUUUAUGGACAUGUUGAAAGGUAUGCAAUAA